AUUUGUUUUGCCUCUGUAAAGUCUUUGUCUGUCCCUCACACACACAUUCAGUGUGAGUUUUAAUUACCUGCAGAUAUCUGUCUCAUAAACACUAACACCAAUUAUGAUAAUUCCACCCAUUCAAAGAUGUUUAAUUAAAAGGAAAUGAUUAGGACCCCUUGACUGUUUUAUUUCCAUUAACUGUCUUGUAUGACAAUAUCAAGCACCCCCUGCGGAGCGCUGAUAACGCGCGCGGGGUGAACGAUAACACAUCAGACAACUGCACCUAUUCACUCCUAUCGCGCGACAACCACCGCCACGCGUGGAGUCCUGAGUGAAAACCGAUCUGUGGAAAAUUGGAGAGGAAAUAGUCUUCCCGGGAUCAGCGUGGCCGUAUAGAAUUACGGUGGAGGCCCCUCCCCCUGUCUGGCUCGCUCUUUUUUUCUCAACCUCUCGGUUGGCUUUCCGAGAGGGCUCGAUCCUACUCACGCUCAGAGCGCUGAGAAAUAGCAGGCAGAAGAUGGCUGACUCUACCGGGCACGGUGAGCCCACAGCAGCAGCAGCAUCAACUUCACCGGGGCUUCUCACGCGCCUGCCAUUCGCUGCCACUCCGCAACUCUGAAACGGCCCCGCCUCGCUCCGGGCCCCAAAUAUUGACAGAGAUUUAAAGAAAACAUGGCUGAGAUGGAGAAAGAGGGAAGACCUCCGGAAAACAAGAGGAGCAGAAAGCCAGCUCACCCCGUGAAGAGAGAAAUUAACGCAGAGAUGAAGGUCCCGUCCAAUCGGCCCCUCCCAGGGGCGGGGCAGGCAGGCAAUCUCCAUGGCAACUCGCCCUACUUGAUGAGUUUUGCCGAAAACACCAUGAAUGAGUUGCUUGGAUGGUACGGGUAUGACAAAGUGGAGUUACGAGACUCGGAUGACAUAGAGAUCCGCAACUACCCUGACGGAGAAGUGCGGCAACACGUCUCUGUCCUGAAAGAGAACUCUUUGCCAAAAGCAUCCACAGUGGAGAACAGUAGUGGUUCUCCUCCACAUGCCAACAGCUCUGGCUCUACUCCGACAUCACGGAAUGGAGUGAUAGCAGAGGCGUCUGCAAACACCUCCUCCUCUAAGGAGCACGGAGGCCUGCCAAUCAUAGUGCCCUUAAUCCCGCCCCCUCUGAUCAAAGCACCAGCAGAGGAGGACACCUCUAAUGUUCAGAUAAUGUGUGCGUGGUGUCAGAAGGUGGGAGUGAAGCGUUAUUCUCUCAGUAUGGGCUCUGAACUGAAGAGUUUCUGUAGUGAAAAAUGCUUCGCUGCCUGUCGACGUGCCUACUUCAAACGCAACAAGCUUGGAUAUGUGAGGAAUUGCAGUGCCAGAGAGGAGGAGGGCGUUCCACACCACAGCUUGUCCAAAGACACGCCCAGACUUGUCCUCAAGACAAACAGCGAUGUGCUUGUCUGCGAUUGGUGCAAACACAUCCGCCACACUAAGGAGUACCUGGAUUUUGGAGCUGGUGAAAGACGGCUCCAGUUCUGCAGUGCAAAGUGUCUGAACCAGUAUAAGAUGGACAUAUUCUAUAAAGAGACUCAGGCCGCACUGCCAGGGGGUUUAUGUAACCCUCCUCUCCCCACGAGUGAUACGAUAUCGGAGAGUACAGCGGGUGUACAACUCCUUACACCCGAGUCCUGGAGCGCACCUCUAAAUGAGCUCCGCAGUCGCAAGGCACCUUCACCAGGGGGUGCCACCACUGUAGCGGGACCUUCUGGAUCCACCUCGGGGUCGCCAUCUGAAACUGGAACUGUUUGUUCAUCCUCGUCCUCAUCAUCCUCGUCCUCAUCAUCUACGAAAAUCCCCACACCGCGGCUGCAUGAAAGCCCUGCGUUAGCGCCACCUCCUCCUCCACCACCGAUAGCAGGUUUACAUCCAGCUCUGGGUGUGCCGCCUGGCAGCCCGCCGAUGGUGAUGACACCGCGUGGCCCAGUUCCUCUCCCUCUCUUUAUGGAGCACCAGAUGAUGCAGCAGAUCCGCCCUCCGUUCUUACGUCCCCCAGGCCCCAACAGCCCUCAUUCCAAUCCCAUGAUUCCUGGCAUUGGGCCACCACCUCCUCCUCGGACUUUGGGUCCUCCAUCAAGCCCUAUGUACCGCCCGCUCUUUUCCCCCCACAUGCACCCAUCCUCCAACCCAAACCUUCCUGGGAACCCUCCGGGUAUGAUGCCACAUCCCGGUGGCCACAUGCCAGGCUUGCCUUUCCCCCCAGUUAACAUGAUGCCAGCUGGACCCAUCCCAGUUCCACCCAUUAUGAAUAUUGGCAUACCUUCUUUAGCCCCCCUAGUGCCACCACCAACAUUAUUAGUGCCCUAUCCAGUGAUUGUGCCAUUACCGGUCCCCAUACCCAUUCCAGUGCCCAUACCCUUCAAUCCGCAGGCUUCUGGUGACCGACCAGGAAAUGAUGGAACACUUCUGAAUGCUGCAAGCGAGCGGAGUGCUUCAAAAGCACCACCAUCAUUUUCUCAAAGCACCUCCAGAGGGGAGGGGAGGGACUUUCAGCAAGCCCCUCCCACCUCAGAUACAUUUUCGCCAGGAUUUUCCAAACAGACGGAGCAGGGCAGGGCAAACGUGGCAGAGCUCAUGGUUAAAACAGAGAACUCUGGUAACGGAAGCUCUGGACACUCCCAGAAAGACACACCAGCAGAUGGAGUCAUUGAUUUAACAACAUGUCGCCGUUCCCGGCAACAGCUAGUUAUCCAGAGGGUUGUAACCUGUGUGCAGGUAAAAGCAGAGCCCGGGUUAAGCCCACCACCUGCAGUUUUGGGUGAAACUGAGGUGGAUGGGUCAGCUGGUACUAGCACAGGUAAAAUAGAAGAUAACCACAGAGACAGUAAUGCUGAAAGUCCGUUGGCUAGCGUGGCUCUGCCUUGUGCCGACCCGUCCUACUGCAGUGGCACACCGCCACUUUCCCAUCCAAUCACAUGCAGUGACUUCUCUGUUCCUAGCAACACCACCACAGCUAAAUCGGAGCCUGGCUCUGCUACACCCUGCAAUGUGAUUGUUAAUGGGAGCUGUAAUGUGCCUCCAACAGAGAGUUCGAUCAGAACACCUCUGUUAGAGCAGCGCCCUCUAGUGGACCCCUGCCGCAGAACUGCCGCUGUGUGCGACGAGCCUGCGGGGGCUGAUCUAGAAGGAGAGGACCUGAAAGAGAACAGCUGCUUAGCAACAGAAAGAGACUCAGCAGGUAAGAGAAGCUCAAAUGACCAGUCUGCCAUUACCGCAGUAACAGGGGAGGACAAACCUCAGAGCCCUGAAGAUGCCCCAUCUGGUGAGGACCAUGCCUAUGCCCUGCCCCUAAUGCCCAAACCUGGCUGUGUCAUUCAGCCCGUGCCCAAACCUGCUGACAAAACCGCUGCCAUUUUACCCUGUGGCUUGACAGCACCAUUAACAGGAACCGUUCCAAUGGAAAUGGAGCCUCCACUGAAGAGAAGGUGUCUGCGUAUCCGCAAUCAGAACAAGUGAAAUAGAGGACAGAAAUCACCAUCUCACCAAAGGGAUAAAGAGACCUGCACUGCAGCAGAGACCAUCAGCUGUCCACAGACUUAAUCCACAAUCCAGUCAAUCAAGAUGUCAACCUUGUUUUCUCCACUUUUCCAAACACGCACAUACACGUUGCGACAAUAUGCACACAGAUCAUCCGGAUUGGGCAGCAGUCUGCUCCGUCUCCACCCCUUUCGGCUAAACAAAGACUGACACAAAGUGUUAAUCUGGGAAGUAGAUCGGACGUGAUGUUUGACCUUCAACUGCGAUAUCUUCAGGCAAAGUCUGUUCUCAGUCUGCUAGUUGAUGGAAGAGAUAUUUCUCAUCCUCUCUACUCGACCUGUCCAUCCAUGGUCCAUCCAUUGAGAGGAGUUUCCUCUACUGUUUUUGAGGUGGCAUUACAGUGUACAUAUACAGAUUUCUAAAAAGGCGGAGAUUAAGUCAAACACAAUAGGUCUGUCAGGCUGCCAAUCAAACAGGCUCAUGAAUAACUAUAAUUUGGAACAGGGCCGGUCAAAUCCUGCCACAGAUGGAUGGACCAGUUUUCUGCUUUGUGUGUGCAUUCAAAGAAGCUCGGUUUAAUCUGUCUGGAUACGUUUGGAUGCUUCUGAUUCAAUAGUUUCCGUCAGAAAGACUAAUACAGAUGCAGAGUUGCUCUAAAACUCUGAAUACUCUCUCCUCUCAAAUCUUUCUCCCCCUCACUUCCUCUGACUAUGUGUAUCAGUAUCUGCAACACCAGCAAAACACUCUGUACUCUUUCUUAACCUCUUUCCUUUCUCUCCUUUCUGAGGGAGAGGUGUUCUGGAACCGGACACCAAAAAAGACAGGAAGAGAGAAACGUACACACACUCUUUAGGGAGUACAAAAACAGAAGGAUGGAGUGAACUUUCAUUUCAUCCCUGGAAAGAAACUGGAAACUCAUCUAUCGUUGGAGAAGAGAACCAGAAGAUAAGUAGUCUGCAUUACUGGAGAGCAGUGUUUGUGGAUGGUUUGCUGGUUUAUAGUGCAAUUACAAUUCAUUCACUCAAUGAUUUGAUUGAGGAUUACAGGGUACAGGCCUCACCAAGCAUUUUGGCGAACUGUUGGCUGCUAGUUUUGCAGCCACUGGCUUGGAGACUGUCCCAUCCAGUCUGUUCAGUCACAAGCACUCAUUGCCACGGUGCACGGCUCAGCGAAGAGUCGGUCUAACACUGCUGGUGGGUUGUGUACACACUGUCCUGAUGUAUCAGAUGGCUUAGAUGGAAAUCAGUGUCCACAGGGGCAUUUGGGUUGGAUUUCUCAUUAUUUAUAUCAGUAUCCAUCUUAUUGCAGUGCUCUUAUUUAAGAAAAAUCCCUCCUGGGUUUGCUAUCAAGAGUACAAUCAAAACCAGUGGAGAGGUCAGUAAGCGUCUUGGGCAGCUGUGAGCUGGUGUCAAGGGUACAUUCUUGAGGGUUUUUUUAUGCUCUAGUUUUUCGCCAAGUCCCAAUCAGUGCUAAAUUAUGUUCAUCACUUCCUUUCCAGCUAUGGUUACAUGAACAGUUUCAGUUAGUUCCAAGGUGCCUCAGUAUAGCAUUCACUUACACAAGAUGCCAAGAACAUUUAGCUUAAAGGUAGACUGGGUUGGUUAGGUGGACAUCGAGCCAAAAUGAUUUUAGUUACACAGAGUACUGUUAGAGCUGAAUGCAUGGUUAGCACCUGGGUGCAUAGGUUAUUUGUUUUGACUGAAGUGGAGGAGUGAACCUUAAAGCCAAGCGUGUGCGUGUUUGUGUGUGUUUAAUUGGGAGGUGUAUCCGAUUUCUGGCCAAAAUGGAGUUCAGUUUGACAAAACAUUCAAGUUUGCCAAUUUAUUUUGGGAGAAGGUCUAAAAUUCGAGUCAAAAAUUUGUCAAGCAAUGUGUCGGACAUCACAAGGGGGAUGAAAUAAAAAAUACACAAAUCAAAAAUACACAUUAUUUGACAAUAUUGAUGAAUACAAAAGUUUCAGUCAUACAUGGAAAAAAGAAAUAAAUGAAAUAUUUUAAUUUAAACAAUUUCAUUAGAACAGAAUUUCAGAUCAGAGAUUCUUUGCUUUACUUUUUUUUUUUUUUGCUUUUUUUCUUUACUUAAGUCACUUUGAUAUACUUUUUUAUUUUUGUUGUUUUUAUUUACUUUUUAAUUGUUU